CCCCAUUCCCCUCAGGAACCCAGGGUUCCAGUCCUCCUUCCAAAUACCAGUCACCCCUCCCCCAUCAGUGUCUCUCCCCAAGGCCAGGGAUGGAGACUGAAAGACCCCAGGAAGAAGAGGAAGGUGAACAGGGUCCCCCGCAAGAUGAUCAGGGCUGGCCCCCUGUGAACUCCACCACUCGACCUUGGCGAUCUGCUCCUCCCUCCCCUCCUCCUCCAGGAACCCGCCACACAGCCCUGGGGCCCCGUUCGGGCUCCCUGCUCUCCCUGCAGACCGAGCUCCUUCUGGACCUGGUGGCUGAGGCCCAGUCCCGCCGCCUAGAGGAACAGAGGGCCACCUUCCAUCCCCCCAAAGCGCCCCCAAGCCUAGCCCCAACCCCACCUCGGCUUCUCGAGGACAAAGAACAGCUCUACAGCACCAUCCUUAGUCACCAGUGCCAGCGGAUGGAAACCCAGCGAUCAGAGCCGCCCCUUCCCCCCGGGGGACAGGAGCUCCUGGAGUUGCUGCUCAAAGUUCAGGGUGGAGGUCGAAUGGAGGAGCAAAGAUCUCGGCCCCCACACACACCUGCUGAGACCUGAGCUCCCAAACAGCUCCCUCUCGCUGGGACUCAAAGCUGGGCCACCCCACAUGCCCGUUCGGCGGCAGGGGUACCAGAGACUGAAGACCCGGCUGAAACUGCAGUAUUUACCACCCACUUUCCCAGGGAACUGGACUUGGGACAAGUACUCUAACCUUGAGAAUAAGCAAGGUAGGGUGGACAUAACUCCUUAAGACAGUUAAGAGUCUCUAUCUAUCCUGAGCUGUCAAGCUACUAAACAGGGUGUGAGGGCUGAGGCCUGCCCCUUCCUGCCUAGUAAGAA